UGUCUUUAGUUUUUUCAAUGAACCAGUCCAACCGAGAGCGUUAUCCUCGAUUGAUAAGAUCUAUGCGCAGGGACACUAACGGAAUCGAUUACAGUCGAGCCUGAUAUCUCGCUGAGAUACCGCGAUCGAAAUACUAAAGAAAGAAGACCGGCCAAGUUGAUUCCCCUCUCUCAACCAACGAGAAGUUUCUGACGAGAGUCGAUUUCUAAAGGGGCUUCAAGGAUGCCUUUGAAGAACUUCCGAAGUGGUUUUGCGGCGAAACUACUAAAAGAUAAACAGCCGAGCAAGAUGACAAGCGGUCAGGAUGGCACCAACGAGGAUUGCUAUCGGGAGACGACCAACGUGCGAAAACAUGCCGUUGUCGGUGAGCUCGAAGAAAUGAAAACGGCGAUAUCGACCUAUGAGAAAAAUUCAAGUUCGAGGGAGCUGAUAAAGCGCGCAAUUUCGGAAAAUAAAUUUCUCGGGAAUCUAAAAAAGACCGAAAUCGAGCAGCUCACGUCCGCGAUGCAACCGCAAGAGGUCUUAGCUAAUACGAGGCUCAUUCAAGAAGGCGAAACAGGGUCGCACCUGUACGUAUCGGAAAGCGGCAAUUUUGAGAUUUACGUGGGUAAAACGUAUUACGGAAGAUUCGGAGUCGGAGUCGCCUUCGGCGAACUCGCCUUACUCUACAAUAUGAGAAGAUUGUGCUCUAUAGAUGUACAAACGAACGGGAAAGUAUGGGUACUCGAUAGAAAGAGCUUUCACGCUAUAAUGUCGGCGUCCAUGAGGGAAUCCACGGAAUACAAUAUCCAAAUGCUUCGGCAGAUCGAGAUUCUGAAGGAGCUGCCGGAGGAAGUGCUUUCAAAGAUGUCCGAUCUGAUAAUCGUUGAAUUCUUUCGAGGCAAUACCCAUAUUUUUUCCGAAGGCGACUCAGGCGACAAGUUUUACAUAGUUAAUUGCGGCAACGUAAAGAUCACCAAGAAGAAAUCGUACGGGGCCGACGACGAGCUUAUCAUCCUCGAGAAGGGUGAUUAUUUUGGGGAGAAGGCGCUUUACGGGGACAAAUGUCGUAGACAGGCAAACGCGAUAGCCCUGCCGCCUGGCGCCGAAUGUUACACCAUCGAUAGGCAAUCGUUCAUCGAUUAUCUCGGCGGAUUAGAAUCGAUCAAGAACAAGAUAUGGGAGAUAAAGAGAAGGCCGACCGUUAACGACAAUUGGAAGGAGGAAUUUCAGAAUUUGUCCCUGGCCAAUAUCGAAGUCGAGGGCACGAUCGGUAAAGGUGGUUACGGUAGGGUAGAAUUGGUGACCAUCGCGUCAUUGCCGUGUAUUAGUUUUGCUAGGAAGAAAGUUAGGAAGAACAUGAUCACGAAAAUGAAGUUGCAAAAGUUGAUCUACAAUGAAAAGUACAGCCUGAUGGCUUGCAAUUCUCCUUUUAUCUGCAGAUUGUUACGAACGUUCAAAGACAAGAGAUAUCUUUAUUUCCUUAUGGAGGUCUGCCUCGGCGGGGAUUUGCGAACGGCAUUGCAGAGAAAAGUUCGUUUUCCAUCUCCCGAAGUUAAGUUUAUCGUCGGUUGCAUCGUCGAGGGCAUCCAUCACUUACACUCGCUCGGCAUCAUUUAUAGAGAUCUCAAACCCGAGAACAUAUUGGUCGACCAGAACGGCUAUGUGAAACUCACCGACCUUGGAUCGAGCAAAUUCAUUGGCCCUUACAAGACUAUGACGUACGUCGGUACUCUCGAGUAUUUAGCUCCGGAAGUCAUUCAGAGUUUGGGAUACAACAGGGCUGCCGAUUAUUGGUCAUUGGGCAUCGUCAUUUAUGAGCUGUUGCUAGGUUGGACUCCGUUUCAAGGUAUCAACGACGUCGACGUGGGUAACAAUAUCAUCGCGGGUAUUGAGACGGUCGAAAUGCCAAAGAUACUCUCCCAUUCAGCCAAAGAUAUUAUUCGACGUUUGCUCGAGGCAGAUCCUACGAAAAGACUCGGUUACUUGCGAAACGGUGUCGCGGAUGUUCGUCAUCACAGAUGGUUCAAGGACUUAAAUUGGAGAUCGUUACAAAAUAUGUCCAUAUCCUCACCCAUCAAACCUACGGUGAAACAUCAUCUUGACAGAAGAAAUUUCGAGAGAUAUCCGAUCGAUCGCGACUUGGCGCCAUUGGAUUUUUCAGAUUGGGACGAAAACUUUUAGGGACAAGCGUAAUCAAACUCACUUUGAGUUUAAUUUUAUAUUUCUAAUUUAUCUAUAAAAAUUAAUUAUUAGAAAUAAGUAAGCCUAGUAGUAGUUUAAUGAGGUAGAAAAAGAAAGAGAGAAAAAAAUAAGUAUCGAAGUACCUCGAACUCGAUGGCGGAGAGAUUUGAAAAAGGCACGUUUGACGUUCAAAGUGAUAUUCGGGCAACGUCCGAUAGAGUUCGCGACGUUCGGCCAAUAAGAAGGAGGAUGUGCGCGCAUCGCGCUCCUGCAACGCAAAGACCGUACCUCUCGUCGCCGUCCCCUCCCCAACCUUCCACACUUCCCAGAGCCCUCUGUCACCAUCGACUAGACUAUCAGUCCUACUGUUGAUGGUCGACGACGCUGUUGGCGAAUUGCAAAUGGCGUCACGUUAGGCAAUAUGAGCGUGCGUGUCCCGUGUAGUAACGCGUACGGACCUCGUCCGGGCGCGGUGCCUUGCGGCCCAGCCUGACGGCGAGUGAUUGCUACUUUUUCGUUUGGAAGUGCGUGCUUUCGAUCGAUCAGUGAUUUCAUACUUUUAUCUUUCUUUCCUUCUCCGAUCUUUCCUUCCUCUCCUUUCUCCCCUUCCAACGUCAUCUCCCUCCUCCUCCUCCUCCUUCUCCUCCUCCUCCUCCUCCUCCUCCUCCUCCUUCUUAUUCUUGUUGUUGUUGUUGUUG